CGCGCACAGCCGCACACACAGAGCCACGGAGGGGCAGGCCGCCACGGCCUCCGAGACGCGAGACAUGGUCCACCCCGGAGGCCGCACCGCUGCACGCUUGAUGGAGUGGAGAUGCCGGCGGCCUACGUGGUGCCGCUCCCGCCUACUCGUCGGUGGCCGACCACGCUGCAGCCGGCCCCGGCGAGGCCGUCCGCGCUCCACCUUGCCUCAUGUGCCCGCCGCCGGCCGCUGCCCCGGCGAAGCCGUCCGCGUUUCUCUCGUCGCGCGCACCGCUGCCGCAGCCCGUUCCGGUCCAACCGUCCGCGCUUCGCUCGCAGCGCGCCUCCGCCGGCGGUCCUGGUCUGCGGUCCGACCGUCCGCACAUCCGCUUCCAGCUCGCGAACACAACGAGUUUGAUUCUGGCGAGGUCACCUCCCUCUCCUCCGGCGGCUCGAGCUCGGCCCCGUCGGCGCACGGGCACCCGUCGGUGCUCCCGGCCUGCACAGUUUAGCGCAGAUGGGGAAACGAGGGAGAGAGACAAGGACGCGGCGUGCGCGAGAGCGGGCCCCGCGAGCCCUCGUAAUGCGUCCGAGCUAAGCGUGGGAAUAAGAGAUAGCCUUCUCUUUCCUCCACGUAGGCAAAAUGCUGAGUUGGCUCUUUAUGAGCUACAAUAGCUGCAAAGAGAGGCGGGGCCCCUCCCCCGAGCUGAAGAUACCCUGUGACGCUGCCUAAAGCAUGCAAAGCGCUGCCCGCCGGCCUACCUAGCGCAGCAACGUCGCCACCACCGCCGUCCACAGCCCCACCCCUGCUUGAUGCGCACGGGGGCCCGGGUAUGGCGUGUACUCCCCGGCGGCCACCGUGCACAAUAAUUGAACGCAACCAAACCGAUCUGAUUUGAACACGCCUUUGUACGCUCGUAAACUAUCAGGAAGGAGACCACGUUUUGACCGGGUAAUAUACUAAUAUCCUGCAGCUGAGUUGCCGCAACCGACGCCAAAACUGUUCGGCGUAACGGCAAAGCAUCCAGCCGAACAGCUGUAAAAUACUUUGUGCCUGUACCGUUGGCAUUUUUUUUUCACUUUAUUUUUCACGAAAUAUACCAGCAAAAUGCUGUGCUACCAACCAUUAGCACGGAACGAGAUUCUUCAACGUGCGACUGCUUUGGGUUUGGGUAUCUAUCCAGUCGUCCAGUCUCACUUAACGAGCUUUCGGCUCGGAAUUUAAAAGGCCGAGACCGAGCAUAUCCGCGUCGCCGCCGAGUGGCUAAUUCCAAUCAAAUUUAUAUCCAUCUUUUUUACUUGAAAUUUAAAUUCUUCUCCCGGAGGGAUAUGAUGUGACAGACAGGAAGCCUGGCCUACAUGACAGGGGUUCCUAAUUUAAAAGCGAAGCAACAGACAGCAGCGCAACAGAGAGAGAGCCCCACUCUCUCCCACGAUCCCCACGUCGAAUCCCCCGCGCCGGAAGCCAAAGCAAGCCACGGCCGCCGCGGGGAGUCGGGAAGCGAGAAGCAACUAAGCAAGCGAGCGCGGAGGGCCGGAGGGGCAUGACGCGAAGGAAGAAGGCGGCGGCCGAGGUCCCCGCGAAGAAGCGGCCGGGAGGAGGGCCCGGGCCCGGGCCCGGCGCGUCCCCGGCGGCGCCGCCCGCGGACCCCACCGCCGGGAGCGGCGCGGCGGUGGCGGAGUGCGCGGCGGCGUGCUGCGUGCUCUGCGCGUGCCUGCCCGUGGCCGUGCUCUGCUGCGUGGCGCGCGCGCCGCUCCGCGUCGCGAGGCAGUGCUGCGGCAGGUGGAGGCGGCGGCCCCGGCGGCGGCUCGCGCCGGGGGGAUCGUCGUCGUUCUCGGACGCCGAGGUCGGGGAGUUCCUGCGGGGCGGUGCCGGCAGGCGGGCAAUGGGUCGGGAGGAGGACCGGGCCCCGGCUCGGUCGCGGUCGCCGCGUGGGCGUGGAGGCCGGACAGCAGCCGCAGCCGGCGCGUCAACCGCCGCCGCGGCACCGCCUCGGGAUCGGAGGAGGUAGCUUCGGAGUAUCCGAAGGGAAGCAGGGGAUAAACCAGCAGCUAUCCGCUUAUCCCCCUGCCCUGCUCUUCCUCAACCGCUGCGACGAACCUGGGA